AUGAUUGUAAAUGGUUUUCCAAUGAAAAUGAAAAAGGGAGGAAUUGUAGGGCUUGAUGCUGACUUUUCAACAGUUUUAGGUCCUCCUGGAAAAAAUGGAUUACAAGGCCCCAAGGGUUACAAGGGAGAGGCUGGAGUACAGGGCCCUACAGGAACUCAAGGUGAUCAGGGAAUGAUUGGAGUGCCUGGAUUUCCUGGCAUCCAUGGUAUACCAGGAGUCCCAGGAAUAGCUGGACCAAAAGGUUUCAUGGGACUUUGUGGAUGUGAUGGGGAUAAGGGAGAACCUGGCCGCACUGGAGUAGAUGGUCGAGUUGGGAUAGCAGGAACUCCUGGAGAUCAAGGAUCCAAAGGCCUCAAGGGUGACCCUUAG